GGGAGCACAGAAGUGACCGCUAACUUCACGUCAACCCGCGCAGACUUUACCGAACCGGCGAGAGCGGAAAUCUUUACCCGCGGGAGCGCGGCGGUGAAAACACACGGAGCGAGAAGGAGCCGAGCAGCCCGCCGAGGAGGAAGGCUCGCGAGCCUCCGCCAUCUCUUCUCCCCUCCGCAGUCGGGCCGCCGUGUCCUCCGCGCCGCCGCCAUGGGGAACGCCGCCACCGCCAAGAAGGGCAACGAGCUGGAGAGCGAGACGUUCGUCAAAGAGUUUCUGGCCAAAGCCAAAGAAGACUUCCUGCGGAAAUGGGAAUGCCCGCCACAGAGCGCGACGUGCCUCGACGACUUUGACCGGCUGAAGACGCUGGGCACCGGCUUCCUUUGGAGGGUCAUGCUGGUGAAGCACAAAGCGACAGAGCAACACUUUGCCAUGAAAAUACUGGACAAGCAGAAGGUGGUGAAACUCAAGCAAAUAGAGCACACGCUGAACGAGAAGAGGAUAUUACAGGCCGUGAGCUUCCCCUUUCUCGUCAAACUCGAGUACGCUUUUAAGGACACCUCCAAUUUGUACAUGGUGAUGGAAUACGUUCCAGGAGGAGAGAUGUUCUCACACCUGAGACGAAUCGGAAGGUUCAGUGAACCGCACGCCAGGUUUUACGCCGCCCAGAUAGUGCUGACCUUCGAGUACCUCCACUCACUGGAUCUCAUAUACAGAGACCUGAAACCCGAGAACCUGCUCAUCGACCACCACGGUUACAUCCAGGUGACGGACUUUGGAUUCGCGAAGCGGGUGAAGGGCCGGACCUGGACGUUGUGCGGGACGCCGGAGUACCUGGCGCCGGAGAUCAUCCUCAGCAAAGGCUACAACAAAGCGGUGGACUGGUGGGCGCUCGGGGUCCUCAUCUACGAGAUGGCCGCUGGUUACCCUCCAUUCUUUGCAGAUCAGCCGAUUCAGAUCUACGAGAAGAUCGUCUCGGGGAAGGUUCGAUUCCCGUCCCACUUCAGCUCCGACCUGAAGGACCUGCUGAGGAACCUGCUGCAGGUGGACCUGACCAAACGCUACGGCAACCUGAAGAACGGAGUCAACGACAUCAAGGGCCACAAAUGGUUCGCCACGACAGACUGGAUCGCCAUCUACGAGAGAAAGGUGGAGGCCCCGUUCAUACCAAAGUGCAGAGGCCCGGGGGACACCAGCAACUUCGACGACUACGAGGAGGAGGAAAUCCGAGUUUCCGUAACGGAAAAAUGCGGGAAGGAGUUUGCAGAGUUUUAGGACGCGGGGGACAUGGAUACAUCAGGGAAAUUAGGGGAUCUUUGCACUCUUCUAAAGACUCGGGAUGGAGCAGAGACCAUCGUUUUUCAGAUCUACUACAUAGUCCCGUCAUUCCAUGAGGCCGAAUGAGGUUGCCGCGAUCCUUGGGUGCCGAUAACCUCUCACUGUCACGUACACCUGCGUAUUAAAGCAGACACAACACUUUCUUUUUUCUUUUGUACCUACCACCCUUCUUUUUUUUUUUUUUUUUUUUUUACUUUGAAGCAGUUAGUCUUGGAUGUCGUUAUGCCCUUUUAAAAUGUGAUGGUUUUUUUCAAUUCAUGAGGAAAAACUGAGACUACGGCCAAUAAGCGUCCACGCAUUGUAACCCACCGGCCCGUGUGCACUUUGGGGCACCCUGCUGGGCCUCGCAGGAGACUCCCUCGAGGCGAUCUGUUACAAGUCCACCUCGCGCCGGCCUUUGGGCCAUUCUGGCCGGCUUUCGGGGGGGAGGAGAGGGGGAGGGGGGCAGCAUUCGUCCCGCGUCUGUCAGGUUUUCUGUUGAGUUUUGGAAGCGUGACAAGGAAAGAGGUCCUCUUCCUUUCUUAGCUUUUUGCCUAGAGCCAAGUCCUUUGCCCCCCCCCCCCCCCCCCCCCGCCACAGAGAAGCAUCCAUUCACUGUCUUCUUGGUAUUCUGACCCAGCAAGCAGACGCAGACAAUGACAAACCCUGUUAUUUGUAAAAUGCAAAUCCAGUUGUUUGUUUGAUCCUUUUGGAUCGGGUAGUUACAUGUAAAGUUUGUCAUUUUGUAUCUGACUAUUCUUUCGUCGCUUUGUCUAACAUUAAAAUCACAAUGUCCCUGGAAUUCAGGUCCGCUUAUAAAGACCCUUUGUCAUGAGUCCGUGGAACCAGUAAAUGCAAAAGAGUGAAGUGAAAUCCUUUGUAGGAUUUUUGUUGAGUGUGAUGUUAAGUUGAGGAGGUCGGUGUCAGUAAAGCCUUUUAUUAAACAGGACAUCAUUUGUAAUGUUGUAGAUCAAAGAUGUUUUAAAAUCUUGAGAAACAGGAAUGCAAAAUCUGCAUAUUUACCGUAUUCUCCCUUUUAUCGCCCCCAAAACAGAUUUCUUUGUUUGAGCAAAGAAUGUCUAUUUGCAACUUAUAGGUAUGCAUAUUUGAAGGCUUGAUUUCAAGGUACAGUUUUCCUCACAAUACACUGGCUAAAAUAAAGACUGCUCCUUUGUGUCACAUGUAACCUUGUUAUUGUUAAACUCAUUGCAUCAUACGUAUAUACAUUGUUUCAUAUAUGUCUUUAUUUAUACACAUUAGAGAUGCUAAUAAAUUUUAUUUUUAAAAGUGU